AGUUGCUACUGCCUACUAUUACAGUACAGUACAGAAGUGCAGACUGUAGUUGUUGCAGUAGUACUACUCUAUAAUUACGUGGUUCAGUGUACGUCGCAGUUUGUCGAGUGUUGCAGCCAUAUUUGCAGUUAGGACGUACGAUCCAUUUGAUCAACAUAACUCAUAAGACGACGAGGAAACGAGUAUUCACAAUUUUCUGCGUUAACUACGCUUCAAUCGACGAGAACGGGAACGACGACAAAUUAUUUUGUCAUUGCCGUAAACGCUCUACGCGCGUUUUGAUCGUUAAAAAUAAUAUUAUUGCCAUCGCCCAUCAGUGUGGUGCUGUUGCAGCGUCGACGUGUUUUCUCUCUCUUUCUCGGAGCUGCGCCCGAGAUUGUCGUCAGUGUUUGGACUACUGUUUUCUAUUUCAUUUUAUUUCCGUUUUUACAUCAUUUAUCAUCACACCGUGCUUAGCGCUCAUCCAACAGUGCGUAUGCCGUAAAAUUGUUGUUUUGUCCGGAAUAUUGUUUAGCGAGCGGCGGCAGGAGAAGAACAAUCCAAAAACUGUUUCAAAUGAAGGCCAUGGGCGCUGGCGCAUAUACAAAGAGUGUUACGAUGACAGAACUGUUUUAUUAUUACCACGGCGGCAACGCUUCGAUCAAUCGAUGUCGCUAAUGGAAAUUCGGUCCGCCAUUUUGUGCUGUUUAUCAGCAAAAUUUUAAUCACAGAUUCACAUUCACGUGGGGUAGCGUCAACAACAAGAGUAGUAGCAUUGAAGUCCACCACGUACGCCGCUAACAUUGCACGCCACACACCAUCCAUUCGCCGUCGGGACGAACGAUUUUAAAUUAAUUUUAUUUCUAUUUUUACUGCCUUCCUACUGACAGGAAAACAUAAAAAAAAAACGUAAAUACAAAAUCGACGUUUUAGUAUUUUAAAUUACGACACUUAUUUUUGUGAAAGAGAGAAAAAAAUUGUGCCAAACCAUUGUAUAAAUCGUAUUUGUACGUUCAGAGACGCACAACAAAAACGCCAUGCCACCAAUUGAUCCCAUGCAGUUAUUGAACUGCUUAAAAGUUUUGCUAAAUGAAGAAUCUGGCGGUCUUAAAGGUCCUCCUGAAGCAAUGCAAAUAUCCAGGUUGAUGGCAAAAUUCUCAAAAAAAAUUGUUAGUAAAAGCUUAUAUGUUUUUAUUUUAAAAGAAUCUACUCCACAUCUAUUAAAUAUAUUCAUGGAUGCUGGUGGUUGGAAUUUAAUUUAUAAUUGGUUAAAAGAUGCUGUAGAAACUGAUAACAUUAUACUAAUUCAGGAUCUAUUAACAAUUUUUCAUAUUGUACCUGUAACAAUGGAACGGCUGAAAGCAAAUGGUGGGCCAAAAUUAGUCAAAAAGUUAUCCAAAACUCAUAUUGAUACAGAAGUGAAAUCACUUGCACAACAACUAGUUGAAAAAUGGUUAAAAGUAGUUAAAACUGAACAAUGGCAUAGUAUGAUGAGUGAUAAAGAAAGCCUUACAAAACAUGAUACGUCAGAUAACUUAAAAUCUGAAGCUGGAGGAAAUUUAAUUGCAAGUGUACCUAUAAUAGAUACUGGGGUUUCUACAGAUUCGAUAAAUGAUAGUACUACUUCAGAUUCUAAAACAAAAAUUGACAAACCUAAGAAUAAAUGUGAAAACGAAAAAGUCAAAGAUAAAACUAAAAAAGAAAAAAAUAUCUUGAAUAUUAAAGUUGAUCUUGAUAAAAAUAAAGAAAAACCAAAACCCGAAAAAGAAAAGGUAAAAGAUGAUUCUGAUGAUAUCAAAGAGAAAAAACGGCGCAUAAAAGAAAAAAAUGGAAAUCCAUUUUUAAGAAUAAUCGGAGAAAUGACUGAUGAAAAAUCUGAUGAAGACAAACAAAUAGAAAAUGAUACUUCAAAUUUAACUAAACAUACGAGUCGAAGAAAACAAAAUUUGAAAAAUAUUUCAUCAGGAGAAAGAUUCGUUAAAUUAAAAUUAUCCAAUGAUAGUAAAAAAAGCAGUGAUCCUAAUUCUAGCUCAGACAUAAAAAAAGAAUCGCGACCGUUACCUCCACCAGUUUCUAAACCUAAAUUACCUGAAUCUAAGACAAUUUUAGAGAAAAAAAAUUAUUCUAUUCAUGUAGAAAAAAAAGAAUAUGUGGGUGAGAAGAAACCAACUGUUAAAACGUUUAAGUCAAAAUUUCGAAGUACUGGUCUAGAAGAACAAGCCCCACCUCCGCCUCAUCCUAAAUCUAAAACACAAUCUAAAAAGUCAACCAAGAGUUUAUCACCUUUACCAUUAUCAAAACCUGAAAAAAGAAGUUUGUCACCUCCAUCAGAUUCUCUGAGUGAAAAGAAACUAAAGAGCUCUCCUUCGGACACCAAGAAAUUACCACCUAAAAUUAAAGAAAGUGGUUUGUUUAUGGAUGCUAUGUUGAAUGUUCUAAACUCGGCUCCAAAAGUUACCAAAAAACCUAAACGGAAACCUAAACCAGAUGUUAUUAAAAAAGACCAAGACUCUCCCCCAUCGUCCAUCCCAUUAUCGCCUGUGAAACCUGACUUAUCAUCGCCACCGAGAUCUCCAGUACAUUCACCAUCAACGUUGGAUUUGGAUUCUUUAGUUUUGCCACAACCCAUGACGAACGCCGAUGAGUCGCUGUCGUUUUCAGAAUCAGUUACGCCUUCUGACUACGUGCCGUUAUCGGCAGAAAAUACUGCUUCCCAUGAUGUGAUCCCUGAUCCAGAACCAGAGUUAAAUGUUGAACCAAUAGUCGAAAAGCCACCACAACUAAAGUUUUAUCGAGACACUUUACUGGAUUCUACAAACGAGUCACUUAAUACUGAUGAACCCGAGGAAAAAAUCCAAGUCAAAAGUCCUAUUGACGAAUCAACUACGAAUAAUUGCAACGACAACAAAAGUGGUAUGCGAAGUGUUCUAGUGUACGUCAGAAAUAAAUCGUCAAAGAAAUCGGUUUCGUGGAAACAAGAAAACGAUUUGGUGAAAGUUUCUUAUUUUGAACACGACGAAACCGAAAGAGUAAAUGUAACAAAGAAUUUUAAAGCUAUGGAAAUGCAUGAACGAGAUGUUGAAAGACAAAAUUUUAUAGCUGUUCGAAAAUUAAAUGCUGCUGAUAAUAUGGAAUCAAAGACACCUUGGAGGUAUUUAGAUGAUAGUUUGUUAGUUGACUUACCAGAAGAGCUUGGUAAAGAAAAAUUGGAACAUGGCAGUGGCAGUCAAGAAAAAAAGAAACAGACUCUUAGAGAACAAUCAGUUUUGCAAGCUAUUUAUUUCACUAGAAAUAUGGUACCGGAUUCACCAGAAGAACCUGAUCAAAUGGAAAUAGUACCAUACUCUGAACCAUUAAACAUUCCCUUGGAAGACAUGUCAGGGGAUACAGCCCCUAUUUACAAUUAUGUUAGCAUUUCUUGGCCAGAAUCUAAAGGUGAUCAACCUCCUAUUGUAGAGUUUCCUAUUGGAAUGAACAAUAUAAUGCCAAUGCCCAAUAUGAUGAUACCGCAACCUCAGUUUCCUGUGUUUGGGGGCAAUCAAAUGAAUUGGGGUAUGCCACCUGAAAAUAUGAUGGGAAUGGGUCCUCCGGCAAACAAUAUGUAUAUUCCCCCAAACCAGAUGAUGAUGAAUAAUCAGAUGUUUAUGGGUGAUCAAAUGCCACAACAGCCUCAACCCUUAUCACUGCAACAGCAACCACAACCCCCACCACUACAACAACAACAACAACAACAACAACAACAACAGCAUCCACCUGUUCAAGAGGACCAAUGGAUGGGUCCAACUGGGCCUCCGAUGCAACAUGAUCAACACUGGGGCCAACAACAACCUCCUCCUAACAAUGGCCCACCACAUUUUGAAAGAGGCGGUGGCGGGCGUGGUCACACUAGAUGGGACAAUCCUAGGGGUGGUAAUUACGACUCGUAUCGAGGCAAAAUUAACCGUAAUAACCAACGAGGUAAUAGAGGAGGUCCAUACAAUCGGAGAGGCGGGCAUCCAGGAAAUGGAAGGGUAGGAGGUCGCUUAUGUAAAUAUUAUGCGAAACAAGGUUUCUGUAAAACUUCGAACUGUGCCUUUCUACAUUCAAAAUGUUAAUGUAAUUUUUUUUUUGUCGUGAAAUAAGACUGAAUAAAAUUUAAGAUUUGUAAUAAUAGUUUGCUCACCCUCUAUUCUUGAUACUUCAAAUGACAAGCGAUAUUGUAUAUAAAAUUAUAAAUAAUACGUAUAAUUGUACACAUUUCGUUAAAACCAAAUAAUUGUUAAAUAAAUUUUAUUUGUAGAUAAAGUUAUUAUUAGUUGUUUGAUUUUUGUAUUGUAAAACGUAUUGUACUACAAAAGUAAUAAUUAUUAAGACAUUAGAUUAACGUAAUUAAUAUAGUUAUUAAUAAAAAUUAAAUCUAUGACACUAA